CGGGCCCAUGGCAACGCCGGGGCGGGCAGCAGCAGCAGCUGGAGGGACCCGCUCCAGGCGACCGCGGCGAGCUGCCGGCCCCUGAGCUGCGAGGGGCGGCUGUGCCCCGCUCGGCCGAAUUGGUGUUAACAGCUUUUUUCUGAGCUUCAGUCCCAGGCUGCCGCCUUUGUCUCGUGCCAAGAAGCCAGUGCAGCCACCCACCCUUGGCAUUUGUCUUCAUGCAGUAGCAGAAGAGCUGAGGCACUAAUACGUUGAGACCUUCAGUUUUAUGCUUUCUUGACUUGCUAAACAGUAGCCCAAUUCUUCAGGACUUCCAGCAGUGUGAAAUGUAAUCAGAGUGUUGGUGCAUUCUGGUACUGGGAUGAUGACUACUGCAGAAGUUGUCAAGAAGAAGCAAAAUUACACUAGUGUGCAUGAAGCAGUGAAAGCUGGGGAUGUAGAACAGCUUGCAUCGAUGAUAAAAAGUGGAGCCAGUAUUAAUGAGGUGGAUGUAGUUCACAAAUUCACACCCUUGCAGUGUGCUGCCCACUCAGGAAGUCUGGAGUGCCUUCAGUGGCUGCUCUGGCAUGGAGCUGACACCGCACGCGUGACUGUGAGAGGCUGGACAGCGGCUCACCUGGCGGCCAUCCGAGGGCAGGAUGCCUGCAUGCAGGCCCUGUUACUGAGCGGAGCGGACGCAGCAGCGCGGGACGAGCGCGGGUGCGCGGCCUCGCACCUGGCCGCAGCCCACGGGCACUCGAACACGCUGCAGACGCUGCUGCGCUCGGGCGCGGAUGUAAAUGUUUCAGACAGGAAUGACUGGAAACCUGUUCAUUAUGCUGCUUUUCACGGUCGCUUGGGGUGUUUGCAGCUUCUUGUUCGAUGGGGAGCGUGUGUAGAUGAUGUGGAUAACAAUGGAAACCUUCCAGCACAUCUGGCAGCAGUGGAAGGACACUUGCAUUGCUUUAAGUUCUUGGUCAGGAAAAUGGCCAGCGUUACACACGCUCUGAAAGCCAGGAAUGACCAUGGAGAGACUCCAAGAGACUUGGCUGAACGGUUCUACAAAGAUAAUAUUCUGCAAUAUAUUGAUGGUGUGGAAAAAGAGGAGGAAGAUCCAGAGAGACAGGAAGUUUUAGCUUUCCCAGGUCAUGAUGCUGCUUUCAACGGGGACUUACUGGUGGUUAGAAAACUAGUGAGAAGUGGAGUAAUCAACAUUAAUGAGCGGGACGAUAAGGGAUCCACUCUCCUGCACAAAGGUUUGUUGGAGUUAAUCCUGAUUUUCAGUGAUGGAGAAAGAACAGAUCAAGCACAUGAAUCCCAGCUUUGAGUGAUAAGCAAGGCUAUAUUCUAGCUGUAAAAGUUUUUAAUUUUCACUUUAUUUAAUGUAACUAAGUAGUUCUGAUUUUUUUUUUUUUAAUCAGGCAAGAUGUGGCUUUUAGAAAUAUCUGUCUGGCUAAGUAUAAGAAUGAUCUGUAUUGUGGCCUGGGACUUUAUUUCCUGAACACAUCAGUACUGUGGGGAUCUGUUGUAAAAACUACAACAAAGUAAUUUGGUAGGAGGCUGUGAAGAAAGGUAAACUGCUGGUUGACACUUUGACAUGUAGUGUACUGCUUGCAUUACAGAAAAAAUGGUUGGUUUUUUUGUGUUUGGGGUUUCACAGUAUUGUCUGAAAGAAGAAACAAAAGAUGAAAGAAAGAGGGAAGCAUUUUUGUAAUAUGCUUUUAGCAAAUUUCCUACAUUUCUUUUUGACUAGAUAUAUAGUAGAAUUUUUUUUAAAAACCCCAUAAUUGAAGUUCUUAUUAAAAUAACUGAUAUGUAGCUAUUUUAAAAUCCCACUUUCUUUUCUUGGAAUGAUGCUGACCUACAGUUGUUUCAUCCCCAGUGUUUCCAUGCUGAUGUUGUAACUUCAUUUCUGUAUCUCAGUAAGAAAACAAGUAUAAAAACUAUCCAACAGGGAGAGCUGUCAACAAAUGAAUUUAUUCUUCCUUGAGAAAAUCAACAUACAAUUUCGUCUAGACUUGUCAAAUACCAUCUUCCAUAAGUGAGACAUUGUUCCUGGCACCACGUGGUGGGAGCAGUGGCCAUGGCACAUCAUAUGAGUAGGGUUGUGCUAGGAUGCUGCUGAGAGGUGCUGCCUUGAGUGUCUGCCCCAAGAAAUGCUGUACCUUCAGCUCCAGCACAAAGCCCUGCUUCUCUCUCCUGAGACAGCAGUACACACCCCACAGGCUGGGGCUGCCAGCUGUGUGUGACCCCUGCGAGCCCAAAGCCAGCGAGAGGUGACAGCGCUUGGCUGCCAAACUGUGGCAUGCAGGCCUUUCUUACUGGGACAGCAGAUUUUUGUGUGUCUUGUGCUCUGUACAUGAGACUGGGAAAGUUUAGUUUAGCUUGUGUUCAGCAAGAGCUGCCAAUACAUUUCCAGAACUAGAAAGAGCCACCAACCACACUGCAUGCUCUUCCCCCAAAUUCUGUGUACCCAAGUGAUUGUCAGCAUCUUGACACAGAGGUUCCUCUGGAAAUAGUAUCUCCCUUGUAGUGUCUUAGUGAACCCAAUCUCUGACAUGUCAAAAAAUGGCAAGAGGAGGACGUUUUAGGUUUGAAACACUUCAGUUGUAUAUAAUUGACUUGUGUAUGCCUUC